AUGUGUUUUUGUCAAUAUUCGGAUGAACAAAGUUAUUUAUCAUUAGUUGAAUUUAGUCGUGGUGGUCUAUCAACAAAUGUGAUACUAUCAUCACCACAUGGUGGUUUCCUUGGCGCUGAGUUUACAUCAAAAAAAGCAGGAAAAACAUCGGCUAAUGCAAUUUCAACAGAACCGCUAGUGCAAUUACCUAUUGGUGGUUGUUAUAACAAUACAUUAGAUCGUUGUGUAUAUACAUUACGAGACUGUUUAAGAUCGGAUAGUGAUGAUGGUGACAAAAUUUCUUUUCAUCCUGAUGCACGAUGCAUUAGGGAUCGUAGUUCAACAUCAUCCAUGUAUUCAUUAACUAAAGCUAUAGCUGAAGCAUUUUCAUCAACGCAUCGUCCAUUUACUAUUUUAAAUAAACUUACUCGUCAAUAUGUUGAUCCAGCAGAAGAUCUACUUACUGGAACAUUUUUACUCGAAAGUUCUACUCGUGUCUAUAUUGAUUAUCAUCGAUUUAUAGCUAUGUCUAAAGAAGCUAUACGUCCACCAGCACGUGGUCUUUUUAUUGAAUUUGUUUUUCAUAAAAAUUCACAAACAGUACAACUUGGUUAUGGUUUUGAACCAAAUCAAUCAUCAAUGAUUAGUAAACCAGCUCAAUCAACAAUAACUGAACUAGUUUCACGUUCUGGUCCUAGUGUUAUCAAAGGAAAUAAUUCAUUUGGGUUUUUUUUACAUCACAAUGGAUUUCAAUAUGUUAUUCCACUGGAGCAUCAACGACAAAUUAAAUAUCGUUUAUCAACUCAUUCCACGCGUAUGCAUGCUGAUCAACGAUUUAAUGCAAUUUUGUUUUCAUAUCCAAUCGAACGUUUAAGGACGCAUACACUUAAACUGGAAGCCGUGCGAAUUGCCAAGGCUAUCGAACAGUUCAUACAUACAAAUAAUAUUAAACCUAUUUCUGCAUCAUUUAUACUUUGUGUCAAUUCCAUCACGAUUUUGUUGUUAUUCUUGUCACAAGUUUUCUAUAAUAUGUAUAUUUAUCAUUGA